AUGCCCUCGCCCCUGUCCUCUUCCUCCCUCGGACUGUCACUCGCCUCGUUUGUCGAAAUGGAGGAUGUGAAUGGGGAUGUGGACGUGGCGGACGAAAGACGGAAAAUGGGACGCCAGAAUAAUGGGCAUGGGUAUGGGAAUGGGAAUCCCCUGAGCAGCUCGACCAAUUCCAGGUGUUACCACGCAGGACUUGCAAUCUCCAAAGGAGCUACAGCUACAGGAAGAGUCCGAAAUCGGAAGGAGAAGCAGCAUCGUCAUCUCAACUUAACGGGAUACCCGAGCAUCCAACUUGUCUCUGUGUGCGUACGCGUGUGUGUGUUAGAUUUGUGUGCGUUUCGUCGAAAGUCCCCGAGAGGAUCAAGCACCGACCAGACCAGGAUAACCAAAUCCAGAUCCAGAUCGAGAUCCCCCCCAGAAACGGGGAAAGCUAGCAAGACGCCGAGAGGAACCCACUCCGUGCCACAGAAGCACGCACCCAUUUCGCCCCCCAGUCGAUCCAGAAAAGCAUCCACCAUUCCUCUAUCAACGUACGACGCCGCUCCCCUUUUGCACUCUUACGACGACAGUCCGCAGCGUUGGUCCGGAGUCACCAACGGGCACCAGGCAGGCGUCAUCAUAGAUCAGUUCCGGGGCGGUAAAGCGAUCACCAUUGAGGGAGGCACCAGCACCGGUGAUACGACGAGCAUCGGCGGCGGCAGCGAUUUACGACUGGUAAUAACGGCCAAUCCCAGCGAGAUCGAGCGCAAUUACGAGCAGCCAACCAAUCGCGGUGGUGGCGGAGGCGGCGGCGUUAUCGGCGUCAGCUGCGGUGGCCAAACCCCACCGACACCCACGGUCGGCAAAACCCUGCUCAACACCAGUCCCAAUCUCCUGCCGAUCACCACAGCGACCGAUACGUUCAACAACCUCAAAAAUCUGGUGAAGAUCGACAAGGGCUCGUCGCCAUCGUCGGGUUCGAAUUCGCAGGGCGGCAGCGGCUAUCGCAAGGGCGGCUCCAACGGAUCAGGCUUCAAGGGCAACGGCGGCGGCAGCGGCAGCGGAGGAUCUCCGGCCAUUAGCGGCAACAGCGAGGGCGGCAGGAACGGCAGCCGAUCAUCUGGUGGACAGGCCGGACACUUUUCAACUGGCUAUAGCAAGAAUUCCGCCAAAAUUCGCCAACACGACAGUGAGGUGAGCCCAAGACCUCGACGAUCUUACCAGGGUGACUCGUCGUCGUCGCGUUACUAUCCGAAAAAUAGUGACAUUUUGGGUCAAGGCUUAACCGGCAGCUCCGACGGCUACAACGGCGGCUCCUCCUCUGGCAGAUACCAGCAGCAGGAUCAGCAACGUGGUAGUCGCAGCAACUAUCACUCCAACUCCGAUGGCAGCUACAACCGAUCACUGAACUCAAACUCCCAGGGAGGAGGAGGAGUAGGAGGCGGAUCUGGAGCCAGCAACUAUCGCUCCGGCCGCAACUACGAGAACGGCAAUGGGAGCAACGGCCCACCGUCACGUUACGGCAGCGGCAACGGGAACGGCAACGGCAACAGCAGCAACUUCAACGGAUCUGCAGCGAGCUCAACCAGCAACAGCAAGUCGUCGUACGGCGGUUCGCGCGGUGGCAACGAUGGAGGCGUGAGUGGCGGCGGCUACAGCAGCAGCAACUAUCGCGACAGCUACGAGGAUUCACCUUCGCACCAGCGCUACAACAACACCAACAGCCUAGAGCGGAACGGAGGAGGCAGCGGAGGAGGAGGAGCGAGCGGAGGACCUCGCAGCUACGGCAGGUCGGAGGCGGAUCGCUACGGAGGAUCAUCGGCCAGUCGCACGCCCACUCUACGCAACGGCAAUGCAUCUGCUCCAAUCUCUGGCUCUACUUCUUCGAACAAUUCUCUGAACUCCGGAUCAGCGGCGGCAGCAGCAGCCCCGCAUUCCCAACAGCAACAGCAGCAAGCAGGCAAGGCAAGCACUCCGCCACCGAUCACCGGACGCUGGAUACCACCCUCGCUGCGUCCGCAGCAUGGACUCACCCAGAGCGAGAAGAACGACGCCGUCUUUCGACGCGUGAGGGGUAUUCUGAACAAGCUAACGCCCGAGAAGUUCCAGGAGCUGAGCGAUGAGCUGCUGAAGCUGGACCUCAACUCCAUUGUCAUUCUGAACGGCGUGAUACUGCUGAUAUUCGACAAGGCCUUGGACGAGCCCAAGUACUCGUCUAUGUACGCGCAGCUCUGCAAGCGUCUGUCCGAGGAAGCCCCGUCAUUCGACAAGGAACCAAACAACUCGUGCACCUUCCUGCGCCUCCUGAUCGCCGUCUGUCGCGACAAGUUCAACAACCGAUUGAAGCGCGACGAGAACGACAACCGACCGCCGCCCGAAAAUGAGGCCGACGAGGAGGAGCGCCGCCAUUUGGCCAAGCAGCGGAUGCUCGGCAACGUCAAGUUCAUCGGGGAGCUCAACAAGCUCGACAUGCUGUCGAAGACCGUGCUGCAUCAGUGCAUCAUGGAGCUACUGGACAAGAAGAAGAAGCGUACGGCCGGUGCGCAGGAAAUGUGCGAGGACAUGGAAUGCCUGGCUCAGCUGCUCAAGACUUGCGGCAAGAAUCUGGAUUCAGAACAGGGCAAAGAGCUGAUGAACCAGUACUUCGAGACGCUUGAACGUCGGUCAAAGUCAUCUGAAUAUCCACCGCGGAUACGCUUCAUGCUGAAGGACGUCAUCGAGUUGCGCCAGAACCAUUGGGUGCCGCGCAAGCUGGGCACCACCGAGGGCCCCGUCCCCAUAAAGCAAAUACGCUCGGACGACGACUCGAUAAUCCGCACCCCGUUCCCCAAUCGCAACCGGGAUAUGCGCAACAACGAUCGCGACUCGGACAGCUGGAUGAAUCGGUUCCAUCUGAAUAUCCAGCCGGGCGGCUAUAAUGACAUGUUUAGCGGACUGAGUGUCACGGGAGCCUCGCCGAUUGUCUCGCCGUUUGCUACCAGCAAUCGUGACCGAGAUCGCGACAAUCGCCAGUACAACAAUCGCGGCGAUCGCAACCGGGACCGCGACCAAGGCGGCAGCGGCGGAGCCAACUAUGGCAAUCGCUACAAUAAGCACAACCAGAACGGAGGCGGCAAUGGCGGCGGCGGUUCCUCCAACAACCGGGAUCGCGAUGAUUCGCGCAGGAACAACGAUCGCGACAGGGAUCGCAACGACGGACAGUAUGGGGGCAAUCAGCUGCUGGGUAGCAAGGAGUUGGCACCGAGGUUCAAGCGCAAUUUGAUCACCACGAACCAGGAUGCGGUGGAGAACUUGCAAAUGCGCCCGGCGGCCAACUCCUUGCUCUUCCGAGCGGCCUCCCAGAACCAGAAGUUCCCGGCCACGCUGCCCAUGUCCACGCCGCCCAACAGCAGCGGCAGCAACAACAAUCAGGGCAGCUCGCAGGGCAAGGAUCAGCAAGGCCAGCUGUCGAAUUCGCACUACCCCAUGCUGGGCACGCCCACCUCCCACUUGAUGAAUCCAGCGCGUCCCUCGUCGACACCAUCGGCCGAAUACGCAGAGAACCGCACUCUGCUGGGAGUGCAGAACGAGAGGGGCCUGAAGGCCACCUCCUCAUCCCCGAACUUUGGAUCGGGAGCUGAAAAACUAAGCGAGCAGCAGACCGACGGCCAGGCGGCCAGGAAGGGCUCGCACGACGGAAAGGAUCAGGCCAAGAACGGGUCCGUGGAGCGCCCGAGCACCCCGUCCGGCGGCAAUGGCUCGGCCAAGCAGCAAAAGAAGGACAAGGGUCCCAGCAAGGAGGAACUGGCCAAGAAGGCCAGCCAGUACUUCAAGGAUAAGUUCUACUACGACGAGGAGGAGGAUGACAGUGAGGUCAAGGUGACAGAAACAGAAACAGAGACUGCUGCAGCUGAAGAUCAGGAGGCAAAGGAAGAUGACGCCACACCUGUGGCCACUCCAGAUCGCUUCACCUCGCUGGUAGAUGGAUUCCUCGAGCUGAAGCUGCCCGAGAAGUCGCUCAAGGAUGUGUGCCUCAAUCUGCUGAUGGAUGUUCUCGAUCGCGUGAACGAUGUGUAUCUGGAACGCGUCGUGAGACUCCUGCAGACGUUGCGCAAACAGGCCAAUAUCAAGUCGAACAUCGUGGUCGAGGUCUUCAAGCAGCUGGUCAACAAGAUGAACGAGCGGGAGGCGCUGAAUCCACGCAUUGCGAGCCUCGUGGCCAGUGUGCUGGCCAAGACCGUGUGCGAACCGGCUCUGCUGAAGCUGAACGACAUCGCCAACUUCACGGACAACGGACAGCACUAUCCGCUGUUCCUGCUCGUGCUGCAGCAGCUGGUCAAGGUGAUCGGCAAGGAUGCGCUGGAGGAGAAGUUCCGCGCGAGCAAGGUGGAUCUGAUCAACAGUCUGCCGGAAGCUGAUCGCAACAAGGAGCGUCUGGCCGCGAUCCUCGAGGAUCGACAGCUGUCCUUCCUCUAUCCGCUGCUGAAGGUGCAGGCCGAGAUGCUGAAGCAGCUGCAGAGCGACCCGAACCCCAACAACUUCUACAAGUGGAUCAAGGCCAACGUGGACAACAAGUACUACAAGGACCCGGGCUUCAUCCAAGCCCUCAUGACCGUGGUGGUCAAGUACGUGACCAAGGAGACGACGCUGGCGGCCAACCUGGACCCCAAGGAGCACCCGGAGAAGGCGGUGACCCAGAAGGAGCAGCAGUUGCUGGAGAACUACAGCCAAAUGCUGCAGACCUUCUUGGGACAGAACGAGCUGCAGCUGAUGGCCCUCUACGCCCUGCAGUCGUUCUGCUACAACGAGAAUUUCCCCAAGGGCAUGCUGUGCCGUUGGUUCAAAUAUCUUUACGAAUCUGAAAUUAUCGAGGAGGAGGCAUUCGUCUUGUGGAAAGAGGAGAUUUCCGACAAAUAUCCAGGCAAAGGAUCUGCUUUGUUCCAAGUGAACGCCUGGCUGACUUGGCUGCAGGAAGCCGAAUCUGAGGACGAUGAGGAUUAAGCAGCACCAGUCCCGCAUAACGACAACGCUAUAUGUUUAUCACUUCCAAUAUUUAUUCACAAAUCGAUAAAGAUUACAUGAUGAAAAAUAACAAAACUAACAAAAAAAAGAAAGUCAAACGAGAAAAAAGCAAAGAAAAUACCAGCAGGAUGGAAGUUUGAAAUCGCGGUUGCAAAUCUUAGUCAAAUUAUAGUAGAAGAAACAACAAAAAAAAAACAAAUUAAUCAAAAUUAUUUGAUAUCCAACAAAUUCAAAGAACUUUAACAACCAAUUAUCAAUAAAUAAAACGCAAUAGACGGCAAGCAUAAACGAUAUUUAAUCCAUACAACAUAAUCGCCAGCGAAAUUAGUAAAUUACCAUUGACCACUGACGUUUUAAGUCUAACUCAUAAUUAGUGAAUUUCAUCUACUUUUUUUUUACUUACAUAUAACAACCGGAACUGAUCUUUAAAUCGAAUAUCAUUGAUUUCCAUUGUCUGCCUUUGUUUGGUACAUACUCUCUCGCAGAUUUCCCGAUUGUGUAUUUAAUUAAGUAGGUCAAAUCAAACGACAACGUAAAUAUUAUAUAAAAACAAAAACCAAUCGACGUGCGCUGCAGGGAGCGAAACAAAAUCUGAAUGUAAUUGUGAACAAAAUAUCGUAUAUAUGUAUUUUAACUCAACAAACGUAAACAUUAAAAUCUCGCCCACAUUUAAUAGAGCCUUAAUAAAUGCAACCAACACUGCGAACGGCGAAAA